AUGUCUAUCGACCAGCUGCAGAGUAGCUUGGAAGUUCACGAACAACGUAUGAAGAAAAAGGCGACUACUUCACUUGAACAUAUGCUACAAGCAAAGAUGUCAAUACAAGAAGACAAGAAGUUUGAGCCUGGGACAUCACGUGGUGGAUACAACCGAGGUCGAGGCCGAGGUCGAGGCUAUCGUGGCCGAGGAGGACGCAGCCAAAAUUACCAUUACGAAGGAGGACGUGGCCAGAAUUACCAAAAUCGAGGAGGACGAGGCCAGAAUUAUCAAAACGGGGGAGGACGUCAAAAUUUCACCUACCGUGGCAGAGGUCGAAAUUCUUAUGGACAACGAGGACGAGGAAGAGGACAAUAUAGAGGCGGUUAUUCUCAAACCUAUAAUCAACCCGGGUUUGAUAAAGCAAAUGUCGAGUGCUAUACUUGUCACGAAUUCGGGCAUUACAGCUAUGAAUGUCCAACAGCCGGAAAUACCAGAUCCAACCAACAAGUCCAUUAUGCCGAUGGUGGAGACAAUAAUGAGCAGGUAAUUUCAACCUCUCUUUUUACUCAUAAAGGACUUGAGGGUGAUCAGUGCAGCACGUGGUACUUGGAUACUGGAGCUAGUAACCACAUGUGCGGGAACAAGGAACUCUUCGUGGAGCUGAAGGAGACAUCUUAUGGGGAUGUUACUUUUGGAGAUUCCUCCAAAGUAGCGGUGCAAGGAAAAGGUAAUAUCUUGAUUAAGUUGAAGAAUGGAAAUCAUGGCUUUAUAUAUGACGUCUAUUAUGUGCCUGCCAUGAAGAGCAAUAUUUUGAGUCUUGGUCAAUUGGCUGGAGAAAGGAUUUGA